AUGUUUUUGAGUCGUUGUUUAUACAAAAUAGCUGAACAAGAUCUUGGUCGUCAUUUAAAUUUACCAUUUAUUGAUAAACUUCGUGUUUAUGUUCGUGGUGGACGUGGUGGAAAUGGUUUAAAAAAAUAUGGUGGUAUUGGAGGGCAAGGUGGUCAUGUUCUUGUACAUGGUAAACGUAAUUUAACAUUAAAAAAUGUUUAUGAAAAAAAUUUAGCUAAACGUUAUAUAGCAUCCGAUGGUGAACAUAGUUAUAAAACAUGUUUAAAUGCACAAUCAGGUGAAAAUCUAAUUAUUCAUGUACCAUUAGGUAUUCAAAUCUUACGUGAGAAUGGUGAAUUAAUAGAUGAAAUAAAUGAUAUUGAUGAUGAAUGUAUUGUAGCACAUGGUGGUGAUGGAGGAAAUUAUAAAACACAUUUUCAAGGACAACCUGGUGAAGCUACAAUGAUUAAUUUUGAUUUAAAAUUAUUAGCUGAUGUUGGAUUUGUUGGUUAUCCAAAUGCUGGUAAAUCAACUCUUCUUUCAAUGCUUUCUCGUACACAACCAGCAAUAUCACCUGUACCAUUUACUACUCUUCAUCCUCAAUUAGGCACUGUUGUAUUUGAUGAUGGUCGUUCAUUUACUAUAGCUGAUUUACCAGGUCUUAUUGAAGGAUCACAUGUAAAAAUGGGUCUUGGUUCAAGAUUUUUAAAACAUACAUUACGAUCAAAAAUUCUUUUAUUUAUUAUUGAUAUAAAUGGAUUUCAAUUAGAAUAUCGUUCACCAUUACGAUCAGCAUUUGAUUCAAUUGUAUUUUUAACAAAAGAACUUGAACUUUAUGAACCAUCUCUAUUAAAUAAAUCAGCCAUAUUAGCUAUUAAUAAAAUUGAUCAAUUAGAUAAUAAUGAUAAAAAAUUAAAUGAACUUUAUGAUUCAUUAAAUAAUUAUAAACAAAUAUUAGAAAAUGAAUAUGAUAAUAAAUGGUGUCCAAAAAAUUUCUUUCAUUUUGAACAUAUUGUUGAAAUAUCUGGUAAAUAUGGUACAAAUUUUAAACAACAUGAUGGUUAUUUACUUAGUGAAUUACUUAAUGUAAUAUCUAUGUAUAAAAUUGAUGAUCUUGAUUUUAAUGAUUAUAUUGAACCAAAUUUAGAUCAACAAUUAAUUAAUGAUAAUGAUUUUCUUUGGAAAUUAUUAAGUCAACAUCAUUGGACUGUUUGUCGUUAUUUACGUUUAAAUGAUAUUGAUCGAGCUUUUCGUCAUCAAUCAAAAAAAUUCUCUUGUUUUAUGUCUAUUCUUAAUGGAUAUUUAAAUCGAAUGAGUACUACUACCAGUACAUUUGUUGAUGAUGGUCAUGAUAUAGAUCAAAUAAAUCCAUCAUUAAAUGAUGAUGAACCAUCAUGGUUAUUACCUGUUUUUAAUCGACUUGCACAUGAAUUACGUUUACUUGCUUUACCAGGAAAUGAUGAAUUAAAUAAUGAUGAUUAUGAAACAUCAGAUAAUAUGAAUUCAAAUAGUACAAUACAAACAUAUAAUAGUCAAUUAUUAAAUGCAUUAGGUGCUAUACAAAGAUUUCCAUCGACUACUAAAUUAAGAAAAGUUGGUAUUUUUAUUAUUGUUAAUCAAAUGUUAAAAACAUAUUAUGCUUUACAUAAAUUUAAUUUAUGUACUUAUUUUAUUUCAAAAACUGAACGUUCAUUAAAACAAUAUAUGCAAGAAGAAAAUACUCAACAAGAACAUCGAUUUUCAUCCUAUGUACUUACAUAUCGUUAUUUUCUUGGUAAACAUCUUUUACUUCAACAUAAUUAUAAAUCAGCUAUUGAACAUUUUGAUUAUGUAUUUACAAAUUGUCUUGAUUCAAAAAAAAGUGGUAGUAUUAAAAAUAAACAACAAUCAUUAUUAUAUUUAGUUAUAGUUAAAAUGUUACAUGGUUCAACACCUAAAAUGGAUAUACUUGAAAAAUAUCAAUUAAAUGAAUUAAUUGAUUUAAUUGAACCAAUACGUAUUGGUGCAUUAAAAUUAUUUAUUGAUAAAAUAAAACAAUAUGAACAAUUUUUAUUUGAUAGUGGAUUAUUUUUUUUAAUUGAAAAUUUAAAAUUAAUAACAAUAAGAAAUUUAUUUCGUACAUAUGUUUAUCAAAUUGAUCAACAACAAACAGAUAAAAUUCCAUUAGAAACAACAUUAUUAUUAUUAUUAAAUUUUGGAUUUGAAAAAGAAAAUUUUUUUACAAUUAAUGAACUUAUUGAUAUAUUAAAUAGUUUGAUACAAAAAGGGAUGAUUAAAGGUUAUAUAUCAUAUAAAUUUCGAACGUUAGUUGUUAGUAGAAAAGAUCCAUUUCCAAAAAAUUUUCGUUUUACUUCAUUAUUAAAUACAUCAUAA